AUGGCCAAAUCAUCUGGACUUCCCAAGUUUCCUGCUCCCUCAGCUUCCCAGGCCGAAGUAGACACCUUUCUACAUGAAUGGGUAGCAGCAAAAUGGCAGGUUCCGGUUUCGAGUCCACAGGUUCAGGGCAUGUCGUUUCCCUUUAAAGGAACAGGAGCGACGCUAUACUCUCUCACCCAGGAGGAAGUGCAGGCCGUGGUGGGAAAUAAAGCACUGGGAGACGCUCUAUAUUAUUCCUUGUGUUAUGAUUCUCCCUACGGGAGUGUGGUGAGAGGCAAAUACGCCUCUGUUGUCUCUGGACUUUCGAACGCUGCUAGAUCCUUUGGACCGUGGAUUCAUGGCUCUCCAACGACGCCGACGUCCUCAUCCAUACAUCCGCCGCAUGCCCUGGAGUCAGCUAAAAUGCCGGUAGAGGAGCCUUAUACUAGAUCAAACACGUCUUCUAUAAGUCGGGGCGAGAAAAUAGGAACUCGCUGCCUCUCGCAGAAGCCCAGUGCUCAAUAUCUCAAUAAGUUCUAUGUGAAGUAG